GACUAACAAAAGAAAUAAACAGAUUAACUGAAAUACUGGCAUGCGCUCGACGUUUACUUGAAAAAUAAUAUUUUGUUUUACAAAAAAAAAAAAAGAAACAAUGUUGUCGGCGUUUUAUAUACUUUUCGCGCCAAUUCUAAUAAGCGGCGUGUCGACGGUUCAACGUUCACAAGUUGACGAAGGUUACUCUGCGGGUUUUUACUCUGACUGCCCCGGUUCAACUAAACCAGCAAUAAUUUCAAAGGGGAGUUUGAAUCAUCUUGGAAUUAAGGUUAUAGGAGCUAAGUCUACUCCAGUAUCGCCCAGGAGGACAUAUUCCUACUACCAUGUGAAGGACUUGGCUAAAGAUCCCACAAUGAACUAUGGUCGAAAGACUAUAUUGUUCGUAUCUGGAUAUUUGGACAAUCCAAACUUUCCCUUCGCAAGGAUUGUUGAGACCAGUUACAGAAAUUUGGGUUACAAUGUCUGGUUGCUGGAUAUGUAUAAAUUUGUUACCAUGGAAUACACAGUGGUCGCUCGUGUAGCACCAGAAGUUGGAAAACAUGUCGCGGAAAUGUUGUACAACUUGACUCGUCAAGAUGUUGGGUUCGACCCUAAGAAAUUGGAGAUACUGGGCUUGAGUCUUGGAGGGCAGACCAUGAGUUUCAUUGCCAAAUCUUAUUAUGCAUUGGCAGGCGUUAAAAUCGGCAGACUCACCGCAUUAGACCCAAUGGGACCUUGCUUUAGGAAUUUAGGCCCAGAAAACAGGUUGGACAAGAGUGAUGCUGAUUUUGUAGAAUUGAUAGGUACUAACAUAGAUGGAUAUGGGGUUGCAGAACCAUUGGGUCAUGUGAAUUUCUACGUCAACGGCGGAGAGCACCAAGCUCAUGACGUUUUCUUUGUGCCCUGUGAAAUGAUUUGUAGCCAUUUAAGAUCGUUCACUUUGUGGUAUUCAGCGUUGCAGAAUCCAAAUUCUUUUAUAGCUAUGGAGUGUGAGUCAGUGCAGCAGGCCAGAGACAAGAACUGUUAUGGCCGAAAACCGUUGGUUACAAAUCUAUUAGGACCCAACGUCAAUAAGACGAGACAUGGCAUAUUUUAUCUAGCAACAAACCACGCUUAUCCAUACCAUAUGGGCGUGAAAGGAUUGAAAAGGAAAUAUGAACCAAUUUCCAACGACUUAAAAGAAUUAAAUCCAGAUGGUUUAAAAAUAUUAUAAUUUACUUUCAAAUUUAUUUAAUGGCCCAUUUUGGGAUUAUCCAACAUGGUUUUAGAAAUAUAAGACUUAACUUUGUCAAAGUUUAAUUAAAUAAAAGAGCUAUAGGAUUUUACCGUUACAGUUUGGCAUAAAAUAACUUAGUAAAUAUUGGAUUUAUAGAUAUAAUAAAUGUACCAAAUGAAAUACUUAACAUUUUUAUGUUUUCUUUCAGAAUUAUCUUCAAAUAGUUAACAUGACGAGGUUAUCCAACGUUUAAAAAUAAAUUUACCCAUUAUCUUAUUUUAUCUUAUUAAUAUAAUAAAAUUGUAAAUAGAUGAUGUCUGUAUAAAGGAGAUAUUUAGGGGAAAUUAAUAUGAGAGAUUUUAGUAAGAUGAUUAGAUGCCAUAGUAAUUUUUAGAAAUUUCAUCUGUUUAUUUGUUCGCCUGCAUGUUUGUCGCUACAAAACUACUGUACCGAAUUGGAUGCAGUUUUCAUACUUAUAUUCCUGAAUAUAGAUAUGAAAUAUAAUAUGCCAUCUAAAAGUGGUUUAUUUCAGUGGUUUUCCUAAUUAAUGGGGUUCUUCAGAAGGGGGGUGAAGAGGUUUUUAGGAUCGGCAACACGCGCGUAAUACCCCUGGUAUUGCAGGCGUUCAUAGACUACGGUAACCAAUUAUCAUCAGGCGGACUUUUAUAGGUGAUAAUGAAAUAGUAACCCUAUCCGCGCUAUCGGUAUACACCGGUGGGGCACCAGUGAAGGAUGAUAGAUGAGGAAGAAACAGGUCAGUUAGCCCAUCGUGACAAAUUAAAUUAAAAUUGUUCACGAUGGUUUCCAGGGGGAACCACGUGGAGGUUGACCUGGUAGGGCAUAUUGCUAGCAAUGGGGCUGUCAUACUCCAUUGCUAACAAUCCCUUCCCCCCUCAUCAGGUGGGCUGUAUGCUUGAUUGCCACCUCAGUAGUAUAAAAAAAAUUCGAAACCCAUGCGUACGAAGUAGCGGGGUAAAACUGAUGAAUAAUAAAAUACAAUUUUGAAAAAAAAAAGAAAAUUAUUAAAAAUAUUCUCCAUUCUGUAUAAUAAAAUUGUUAAUAGCUUUAUAAUUACAAGCAUUAAAUAAAAAAAAAAUAUGAGUCGUUUUUUAUUACAACAA